AUGCCGACCUCCUUCAACCAGUGGCAGCCUGCAGCUGUCUCUGACAUUCUCAACGUUACUCUUGAUCGCCAAGAGGCAGAGGCGAGCGGCUGGGAAAAGACCUACCUCAAGGAGCUCGCGCAGGACAUGGCCUCGAACUCUUCAGCGCCACCACAGCUUUCCGCCUCUGUCGCAGAUGAGGUCCUCAUCGCACGUCUUUCUCUCGACCCUAGCGGAGAUGUGAUGAGCGAUGAUGCUGACCAUAUCACUAUGCUCGCCAGCCUACCCAAAGGGCAGACAUCGUGGGAUUACCUCGUCGCCUCUUGGAAGCGAGCCAGAGCCGAGGAAAACCGCAUUCGCAAGUCGCUUGCGCCAGCAGACCAGACCAAAGCGCUAGCCGUCUUGCAAGAGAUCCGAGCUCUGCUCAUCUCGUAUGCUGGACUCGUGCUACAGACGCCGGACAUGUUUCCCGGUGCAGCGAAGCCGAACGGCACUCCCCUCUCGCCUCUCGUCUUGGUGGACAGCCUCACGCGAGUCUCAUCUUCCAUCUCAAGCUUCGGCUUCUCCAGCUCGGAUGCUUCCUCUUCACAAAGCACCGUCGACCUCACAACGAAAUUCGAGACGAUCGAUGGCGAUGAUCUGCCUGUCUUCUUGAACGAGCUUGCCGCCCGUUUCGGAAACGAUGAAGGUCUUGACGAGAUUCUGGGACCUGCGUUUACAGAACUGACAAGAAGGAUCAGGGACGGCGACCGAGGCUCCGAUGCGUCGUCGACUUCGAAUGGUACACAAGCUCAAGCAUCGGCUGCAACUGCGGCCUCCGGAGCUGGCGGCGUCAAUCAGGCCGCUCUCAACCAAGCCAUUGCCAACCAAAAUGUCCAAUCAGUCAUCGCACAGCUCCUUGCGGGCAGAAUGCCAGGAGCGCAAGCAGGGGCUGCCCCGACUGGAGCGAACGCAACACCAGGCGAGGGACUCUCCAUCACCGGACUCGAGUGGAGGCCCUACGUCAAUGCCAUCGUCGAGGCAGUGGAGAUCAAGGCCAUCGCAAACAUGCUUGCGCAUCUGGCCAACUUUGACCCUGCUAACACGACCGGUUCUCGUAUCGAGUUCGAUUCACUCUUCGGUCCGAUAUUGCGUCUGUCAGCAUUCCCGGACGCCUACCCGAGCAUCACCGAACACUACUUUUCCAACGCUGCCUCCCAAUCCCAUCAGGAGACGGACAGCAAUUUCCGCAGCAUCCAGAGCACCAUGGAGAUCGUGCAUUCGUUGAACUUCCGUAUCCACAACGCGAUCGUCCGCUCAGGUCCGCAGGCGCGCGAAAGGGUACUAGCGUACUGGGGCAAGGCUUGCGCGCUAAAUGCAAAGCGAGGAGCGAUGCAAGUGCGACAGGAGCUCGUGGCUAGCGAUGGCUACAUGGUAAAUCUGUACGAGAUGCUGCUUCGUUUCGCCGAGCCCUUCAUGGAUGCCGGUCUCACCAAGAUCGACCGCAUCGACCUCGAGUACCUGCGAAAGCAGUCGCGCUUUGACACCUUGGACCUGACUCGCAUCAACGCCACCGAGGCCGAAGCCAAGGAGUGGACGGAGCAGGGACAAACCGCACCCGCCGGUGCACCCGCCAACUUCAUCACUGAAGUGUUCUACAUCGCAGUGAGGCUCAACAAUCUCGGCCUUGGCAAAGCAGUGCGUCGUAUCGAAGAGAAGGAAAAGGAGAUGGGUCGCUUCAAGAAGCGUGUUGCCGAGACAGAGGCGGACAGGCCGAUGUGGUCGACGCUACCGCAAGCCGCACAGUACGAGACCUUCCUCAAGCGCGCCAAGGCCGAAGUGGAGCGUCUGCACGGCGAGAUCUAUGCAGCGCAGAGCCAACUCAUGGCGUCCGACUUCUUGCAAAAGGUCAUUACGUUCAACUGCUUCCUCAUGACAUGGCUCAUCCGUGUCGCCGAGCCCAAGGCGGCCCACCCGCAUCCUCAGGCGACGUUGCCAUUGCCGCAAGAAGUACCGACGCGCUUCCGCAUGUUGCCCGAACACAUGUUUGAGGACAUCUGCGACGUGAUGCUGUUCGUCUCGCGUGUCAGCGCGCCGCUGUCAGAGGCGGCCAAGAACGACCUGGUCACGUUCUGCACCACCUUCCUCAGUUCCGGCUGGUACAUCAAGAAUCCCUUCCUCAAAGCGAAACUCGCCGAGAUCCUCUUCUACAACGUGAUCCCCUUCGGACGUCGCACCAACGGCGUUCUCAGCGAUACGCUCAACAUCCACGGCCUCGCACUGCAGCACCUCGUGCCUGCGCUCAUGAACUUCUGGAUCGAGGCGGAAAACACGGGCAGCCACACGCAGUUCUACGACAAGUUCAACAUUCGCUAUCAUCUCUCGCAAAUCUUCAAGUCGAUCUGGAGCAAUCCGAAGCACAAGGAGCAGAUCCAUCGUCAGGCGCAGUCGGGCGCCUCCGAUUUCGUCGUCUUCAUCAACCGACUGAUGAACGAUGUGACCUACCUGCUGGAUGAUGCGCUGGACAAGCUGCAGGAGCUGCACACGAAGCAGUCCGAAUCCGAAUCUCCCGCCGAGACCGGUUCCGCACAGGAGCAGCAGGAGCGCGAAGGACACAUCCGUCAACUCGAGCAGACGAUCAAAUCGGACCUGCAGCUGGGCACCGAGUUCAUGCGCCUGCUGAUCGACUUCACCGCCGAAACCGCCGACGCGUUCAUGACGCCCGAAGUGGUCGACCGACUGGCGGCGAUGCUCGACUACAACCUCGACAUGAUGGCUGGGCCCAAGUGUCAGAACCUAAAAGUCAAAGAUCCGAAGAAAGUGUCGUUCGAGCCGCGCAACGUGCUGCGCAUGCUCAUGUCGGUGUACCUCAACCUGUGCAGCAAGGGCGAGUUUGUCGCUGCCAUCGCUCGGGAUGGACGUUCCUACUCGAAGAGCGUCUUUGAGAAGGCUGGAUCGAUCGCGUCGCGACACAUGCUCAAGAGUCCGCCGGAGCUGGAUGCGUGGGCGGGGAUGAUCGUGCAGGUGGAGGAGAAGCGCCAGAUGGAACAGGACGAAGAGGAGGACCUGGGUGAGGUACCGGACGAAUAUCUGGAUCCGCUGAUGGCGACCGUGAUGAAGGACCCGGUGCUGCUGCCGAGGAGCAAGACGGUGGUGGAUCGGUCCACCAUCAAGGCACACCUGCUGAGCGACUCGACGGAUCCGUUCAACAGGAGCCCGUUGAAGAUCGAGGAUGUGGUGCCGGAUACCGAGCUGAAGGGGAAGAUCGAGGCGUGGAUCGCGGAGAGGAGACGCAAGCCUGCGACGGGUUGA